AUGUUGAUGGAAAAUGAUGAACGUUUUAAUCAAUACAAGACAGUUACUGAUGUUCAGGUAUGUAAAACAAACGUAUUAGAAUAAUGACUAAACCUAAUCGUAUUUGUUUCAUAGGUGCAUAUGCAGACAACAAAAAGUAAUCCUGGUGAAAUACAUAAAAGUGGGUGCGGGUGGGUGU